AUGUCGCUCCUGACCGAGAUUAGGGAGAACAAGCCAGAGGACUAUCGGAACUACCUGCGAAUGGAUGACGCUACUUUCCAGGAGUUGCUGGGCUUUGUGACUCCCUACAUCGAGAGGCAAGACACCAAGAUGCGGAGGGCCAUCCCUGCUGAGGAGAGGCUGACUGCUACGCUGAGGUUCCUGGCCACAGCGUUGGAGGACCUGAAGUUCGGGACCUUCAUCUCCCACCAGGCUUUGGGUCGGAUAAUCCCUGACACCUGCAAGGCCAUUGUGAAGCUCCCUGCAAGUACAUCUCAAUGGCAACCCGUGGCAGAGGAGUUUGCCACCACCUGGCAUUUCCCGAACUGUGGUGGAGCGAUAGAUGGCAAGCACGUCCGCAUCAACCCCCCUGCAAACAGCGGCUACUUUUAUUUUAGUUAUAAAGGGUAUUUCAGCAUCGUGCUGAUGGCAGUGGUGAAUGCCAACUAUAAAUUCAUAUGUAUUGACGUUGGCAAAAACGGUCAUGCAUCAGAUGGUGGCUCGCUGAAGAAUACCACCUUCUAUGAGCGGCUCACCACAAAGACCCUGAACUUGCCAUCUAGGGAGCAAACCCAGCACGGCCUCAAUUUUGGUUUCAUGGCUGAUGAGGCAUUCACACUUCACGAGAGCGUUAUGAAGCCGUACCAAAGGCAGCUUAUAAGGGAGAAGCGCAUCUACAAUUUUAGGCUUUCCCGGGCACGACGAAUUGUAGAGAACACUUUUGGGAUCCUGUCUAGCCGCUUCCGCAUAUUCCUUAUGGCUAGCAAUUUGCAGGUGGAGAAGAUUGAUUGGGUGGUGUCUGCGUACUGUAUUCUGCAUAACUAUUUGCGCAGCAAAACCACCCAGCAUAGGACACAGCCCAGAGGAGUGUCAGGAGACCCAGACCCUGAACACCCAGAGUAG